GGCCGGCGUCACCUUUUGCUUCAGUGGCGGCCCGCUCAUGUCCUUCUAAUAUUAUUUAACGCGGGUAGCCUUUGGUUAAAAUUUCGAAAACUUCAAUUUACUGUGCAACUACAAGGUACACUUCAGCGACUGAUAACCCUGACAAGUGUUCUACCCGCUUCGAAGAACGGAUGUUACAUUCAUCAGUUUGAGCUUGCCAUGGAUGCUCAGAACUGUGGUCCUUGUGAGCUGGAACUCUACCGUGUGGAUCAGGCUCCAGCAACUGUAUAUUACAUCCCCAACUUUAUUACUGUGUCAGAAGAAAACUAUCUUCUGCAGCAGGUUUAUAAUUCACCCAAACCCAAAUGGACUCAGUUGUCAGGAAGAAGGCUACAGAACUGGGGUGGUUUACCUCACCCAAAGGGCAUGCUCACUGAGAAGCUACCCGAUUGGCUGGAGAAGUAUACCAAGAAAAUCUCAUCCAUGCAACUUUUUGCAGAGAAAGUCGCUAACCACGUUUUGGUUAAUGAAUACAAUCCUGGUGAAGGAAUAAUGCCUCAUGAGGAUGGACCUCUGUACUUUCCAACUGUGACCACCAUAAGCCUUGGCUCUCAUACGCUAUUAGAUUUCUAUCAUCCCAUUAAAAGAGAGAAUGAAAAGGGAGAGAUUGCUUUUCCUCAAACUGAAGAGAAUCGCUACAUUUUAUCUUUGCUGCUUGAACCACGUAGCCUCCUAGUGCUGAAAGAUGACAUGUACUUGAAAUAUCUGCAUGGAAUCAGGCCUAUGUCAGAAGAUAUUAUCACAGAGAAGGUUGCAAACCUGAAAUCGUGCAACUCAAAACUUGGGUCCGUUUUAACGAGAACUACAAGAGUAUCUCUGACUAUUCGUCACGUGCCAAAAGUUUUAAAAACUACCAUACUACUAGGGAGGAAAAAAUAAGAGAGCUUUUUCUUUAAAAUAACUUGGGGUUCCAGUUUCUGCACAACUUAUUGUCUCCUUUCCCAUCCUUCCUGCCUGAACAUUUCUCAUGUACACCAAGAGACAAAUGCUGUCAAUUUUUCCAUUACGAAACAAGUUCAGGCUGGAUCUGUUGUGAUUUUUACUCAAUGUCCACACACAUACAGUUUGCAAUGGAGGUCAUCGUAAGGCGAGCAGGAACAGAAACAGGCUUUUCUCUUCUUUCCCACCCCUACCUUCACACUCCAUUGCCCCUGGUUAUAGUCCAGCGGAGCCAGUUAUUGUACCAAUGCUGAUACUUGAACUAGAAUCAGCAAGCUCUAUAUAAACUAGAAUUAAAUCUGAAUCAUCACUGAGCUAUGCAAGUAAAAUCCACACCUGGCAUGUGACUUGCUUGUUAUACAGUGGGACUGUAGAGCUGUCCCAGUCUUCCGAGUUGUUAAAAUCACUGGAUAAAUUUAAAUAUCCUUUCCAUAAUGCUACUGUGCACAAUAGCCUCUCCUGAAGUACGUACCAGCUAGUCCACUGUGAUUUAGUAAAUUAUUGAAAGAAAUGACUUCUCCUAUGUAUUGACUAAAGAAAUGUUGUUUGUCUGUGGUCACGAACAUUGACAGAAUAGGUUUUAUUUAUUCAUUGUAAUGAGUAAAUAUGCAUCACCACUUUA